GGAUAAGGUGUGCGAUCAGGUCAUAAGAAUAACUACCACUACAAAGUCCCAUUGAAAAUGUUUACCGGGUUAAUUGAACACAUCGGAACUGUACUUGAAUACAUUCCUAUUGAUAGCACGUCAUCAGGUGGUGGAGGUGUUUCCAUUACUAUUGGUGAUUGUGCCCCCAUUCUCGUUGAUGUACAUUUAGGUGACUCAAUUUCCACCAAUGGAGUAUGUUUAACGGUGACUGAAUUUGAUCAAGAAAAGACGCAAUUUAAAGUUGGAGUCGCACCUGAAACUUUACGUAGAACUGAUCUUGGAGACCUUGUAAAAGGUUCCAAAGUAAACUUGGAAAGAGCAGUAACCAGUGAUGUUAGAUUGGGUGGUCAUGUUGUACAGGGACAUGUUGAUACCAUUGCCACUAUCACGAAAAGAGUACCAGAUGGGAAUGCCAUCAAUUUCACAUUCGAGUUGAGAGACAAACAAUACAUAAGCUAUAUUGUAGAAAAGGGGUUCAUUGCUAUUGAUGGUACUUCAUUAACAGUUACACAUGUUGAUCAUCAAACUGCACAAUUUCUGAUUAUGCUUAUCAGUUAUUCACAAAGUAAAGUGGUCCUCCCAUUAAAACAAGAAUCAUCUACAGUAAACAUUGAAGUUGAUUUAACGGGGAAAUUAAUUGAAAAGCAAAUUGAAGUCAAUUUAAAUGCUCAAAUAAAUAAUAAGGAUAGUGCAUUAACAAGAUUAAUUGAAUCAAUUGUUGAAAAAAAAUUACAAGAAUUGAAAUAAAUUAAAAGAAAGAUUAGGCAUGGUUCUAGGUUGAUGAUUGUGAAGAUACAUUAAGUAAUCUAUAGUAUAUACAUUAUGAAAAAGAAGAAAUGAAUCAUUCAA